AUGCAUUUAAUUAUUACUAAAUUACUACAUUCUGGAUUAAUACGUGAAUCUCAAUCAUCUUAUGCAGCUCCCGCCUUAUUAAUAAAAAAAAAAGAUAACACUUGGCGAUUAGUUAUUGAUUACAAAAAGUUAAACGCCAUUACCAUUAAGGAUAAUUAUCCACUUCCAAACAUGGAACUCGCAUUACAAACAUUAGGUGCCGGUUAUCAUUUUUUUUCCAAACUCGAUUUAAAAUCUGGAUUUUGGCAAUUUCCUAUAAAUACAAAAGAUCGUUUUAAGACCGCAUUUAUCACGCCUUUUGGAUUGUACGAGUGGAACGUUCUUCCUCAAGGUCUUCGUAAUGCUCCUCCAAGUUUUCAACGUAUUAUGAACAAAGUCUUAUCGUCUUGCAUUGAUUUCUCCUUGGUAUAUUUGGAUGACAUCGUCAUUUUUUCUCGUUCUUAUCAUGAACAUUUAAUUCAUCUUGAAAAAGUUUUCAAUGCCUUAAAAUUACAUAAUUUGACAUUAAAUUCAAUGAAAUGUCAAAUAGCUCAACAAACAAUUGAAUAUUUAGGCCAUGUUAUUAGUUCAAAAACAAUAACACCUUUACCCGACAAAAUCAAAUCUAUUGUUUUACUUCCUGAACCUACAUCUCUCGCACAAGCAAAUCGAUUUAUUGGAGGACUUUCAUGGUAUAGAAAGUUUAUUCCACAAUUUGCCAGUAUUGCAGCACCUAUCCAUGCAGUAACUAAUCUAUCAAAAUCACAACGAUACAAAUUUAAAUGGGGCGAUGAUCAAUCUAAAUCUUUUAAUGAUUUAAAAAAUGUAUUAACUUCCCGGCCAUUAAUGUUAGAUUUUCCUGAUGAUACACAACCGAUCUUAUUAUCAACUGAUGCUUCUAAAGUAGGAUUAGGUGGAAUUCUUUACCAAGAAAUUAAUGAUGUUAAACGUAUUCUAUAUUAUCAUUCGGAAUUAUUAUCUCCAUCACAAAAACGUUUUCAUCCUAUUGAACUUGAAGCGCUAGCUAUUUUUAAAUGUAUUACUCGAAUGAAAUCCUUUUUGCUUGGUCGAGAUAUUAUUAUUUUUACUGAUAACUGUCCACUUUGUCAUAUGAUGGAUAAGAAAAUUUCAAACAAACGCGUUGAAAAAAUCUCAUUAUUGCUCCAGGAAUUCAAUAUUACAAAAAUUAUACAUGUACAAGGAAAACAUAAUUGUCUACCUGAUUAUCUCUCUCGUCAUCCUAUCUCAUAUGAGGAUGAAUUGCUUGAUUCUGAAUAUGGAUUAGGAUUUCGACGUGAUAAAUCCUCUGCUGUUCAAUUCAUCGGUGCGAUGGUAACUCGAUCAAAAGCUAGAGCAGCAUCAGCUAAUGUUUCUUCAUCUUCAUUACAACAACCGCAAUCUUCUCCCGAUCUAUCUUCGUCUUCUACACCUGUUACUACUUCUUCGUCUUCUACUAUUGACCACUUUGACAUUACACAAUUACAAGAACAUCAAAAUAAUGACAUUCAAAUUCAAAAAAUUGUUAAUGAUUUAAAACAUAAUCCACAUAUUUCAUUUGAGUUAAAUGAUGGAAUCUUAUAUAAAUUACAAUCUAGUUCUCAUGGUAAAGUCAAACGUAAAUUAAUCUACGUUCCAUCUUCCAUGAUCAAAUCAUUACUUGUUUCUUAUCAUGAUAAUCCUUUUAUUGGUGGUCAUUUUGCUAUUCGUAGAACAUUACACAAGCUUCAACAACAAUAUUGGUGGCCCAAUAUAAAGCAAUCCGUUAUUGAUCAUAUAAAAUCUUGCAUUGUUUGUCAAGCUUAUAAUACAAGUCGACAAAAACGUCCUGGUUUUCUUCAUCCUGUUCGUCCUCCUGAUGGUGCUAAUGAAUUACUAGGAAUCGACUUUUGUGGUCCAUUUCCUCCAACACCUACUGAUAAUAAAUACGUUUUAUGUUUAACCGAUUAUUAUACGAAAUUCGUCACGGCUAUACCGUUACCAACAUGUUCAGCUCAAGUUACAGCCGAAGCUAUUUUUAAAGAACAUAUAUGUCGUUUUGGUGUACCUAAAGCAAUCAUUUCCGAUCAAGGUACGAGCUUUAAAAACCAAUUGAUGUUAUCAUUUGCGCAGCUACUUGGUUAUCAUCAUAUAUUUUGUACGCCCUACCACCCCCAAUCAAAUGGGCAAGUAGAACGUUUCAAUAGCACAUUCGUCAAUCAACUUGCUAAAUUAACUGAUCAAGAACACAACAACUGGGAUGAGUAUCUAUAUCCCAUUGUAUUUGCAUACAACACCGGUGUGCACUCAACAACUAAUUUUACUCCAUUUGAACUUACAUUUGGUCGAGCGGCUAAUCUUCCUACCGAUCGUCCAACAACAUUUACAUUUUCUCAUCCUCAUGAUUACUUGGAUCAACUUGUUCGCAAUUUAAAAUAUUAUCGUACGACAGUUAGACAAAACAUUCAACAACAACAUGCUCAAUCGAAAGCUCGAUAUGAUCGUCGUCGUACUGAUCCACAAUACGAUUUAGGUACCAUGGUCCUCACUCGCAUAUUUACCAGUAGAUCAAAAUUGGAUCCACGAUUUUCAUUAGAUCCAAAAAUUAUCGUUAAUCGCCAACAUCCGAUCUAUUGGGUAAAAGCUAUAAAUUCUACAACUAUAUCUCGUAUUCACGUUAAUGAUAUACGACCAUUAUCUACUCGUUCAAAUGCUUCAUCACAUUAA